AUGCAUCGAAAAUUAAAUACUAUUCCCCCUCUAAACCUCCUAACGUAUGAACCCUAUAAUGACCAUCAUCAAAUCACUGGCAUUUAGAGCGAAGCCACUUCUCCUAAUUAUUCAUUGGAGACUCCAGUUAUCACUAACAAACACAAAUUCAGAAAGAAUUCACAUUAACACCUCCCAACUGUUUAGUAAUCCUCCCCAUACAUCAAGUUACCCAUGAUUGAAGAGAAGUUUCUUACUCCAAGACAACAACAAAUAAAUUUAAUGCCAGAUCUGACCUUCAAAGAUUUAUUUAAGAAUCCAAUAUAUUAUGAAAAGAAUGGUUUGAGUCCAAAAGGGAGCGAGGAGAUACUCAAGAAGUUGAGAAUGAGACACAAAAGAGUGGACUUCUCAAAAAUGGUGGACAUUGUAGAUGAAACGACAAAUUCCAUAAUUAAGGAAUCCUUGAAUGAUCACAAAGAACAUAGACGAUUAAGCAGAAAAAAUACUCGGAGAUUCCAUCUAAGUAAUCCUACCUAACUUACAGAAUUUGAAUGA